ACUAGUACCAGUGCCAGUAAAUUCUCUACAGUAGUCUAAAGUGUAGCUUGUAAGUAGUGUAAAUACUAGUGCGUGCAUCUCUUCUUUCAAUACUGCAUUAAUGUCUGCAAUGUCCUCUCAAGCUCAGGAACACGUAUCCUUGAAAAAUGUAAAAGUGAACUAUUACCGCAAAGUUAUAACGGUGCGCGGUUGCAUAAUUCGCGUGAACCGAUCGUUUCAAAUGCCGAGUGUCAUGAUGUUAAUGUGCAAAAAGUGCAAUGCCCCGCACGCGGUCGAACUCAAGAACGGCAUUUACGAACCGAAGAAGAAGUGCGAGAUGUGCAAGGCCCAGAAGUUCUUGCCCGACUUGAGUUCGCCAGAGGUGGAGACCAUACCUGUACAAGUGGUGAGGAUACAGGAGCACUUUGGCGAAGAACUGGAUGACCAACAGGGGCGGGUGCCGAGGGUCAUGGACGUCGAGUUGCAGGCAGAUCUUGUCGAUAUGUGCAUGCCCGGGGACGAUGUCACCGUUACGGGGACCGUUAAAAUGCUGGGCACCGACAACGGGACGAAUCCCAAGGCCAACGUCGUCAAUCCACUAUACAUCGAGGCGAUUUCUCUGGUGAACAAUGACAACAAAGCCAAGAAUAGCGGGAGCUUUACCACGGAGUUCGUCUCGAGCGAUUACAAAGCCAUCAAGGAAAUACACGAGAACGAGGACAUUCUAGCUUUGCUCGUGAGUUCUCUGUGUCCAGGCAUCUUUGGGAACGAGAUGAUCAAAAUGGCUCUGCUGCUGAGUUUGUUUGGUGGUAGUCCGAAGCACGCCAAUCUCAGGGAGAACAUUCACAUUUUGAUUGUCGGUGAUCCGGGAUUGGGUAAGUCUCAGAUGUUGCAAGCGUGCUCGAGAGUGGCCCCCAAGGGUGUUUAUGUGUCUGGCAAUGCGAGCACGUCGUCCGGAUUAACUGCGACACUUGUACGAGAGGCAGGACAAAACGAUUUUGCUCUGGAGCCUGGAGCUUUAGUUUUGGCUGACAGAGGAUGCUGUUGCAUAGAUGAGUUUGACAAGAUGCCUACGCAGCAUCAGGCACUGUUAGAAGCCAUGGAACAGCAGAGUGUGAGUGUGGCCAAGUCGGGAGUCAUAUGGUCGUUGCCCUCUAGAACUUCUAUACUGGCUGCUGCCAAUCCUAUUGGCGGCCGUUAUGAUAAGUCAAGGACGCUGUGUAGAAAUCUGAGUAUGAGUCAGCCACUGUUGUCGAGGUUUGACUUGAUAUUUUUGCUUCUAGAUCAGCCUGAUCCUAAUCGAGAUAACUUUUUGGCUGGACAUGUUAUGCACAUGCACACUGGCAACGAGGAUUCCAUGGAUGAGGAGUUUCAAGAUUACAACAAACAACUGAGCAACCAAUUGAGCUCCUUGAGAAACAGACUGCUGUCAGCAUCCAAAAAUUCAAUUCCUACUAUUCCAACAACCAUCCUGCGCAAGUACAUUUCUUAUGCAAAACAGUACGUAAGGCCAACACUUUCGGCUGAAUCCGCUGAUGUGAUAAAAAAGUACUAUUUGGAGUUAAGAGAAAAGUUAAACACAGCAGUUCAUAUAAAUCCGUGCACCAGACAGUUAGAAGCGAUGAUCAGGUUGACAGAGGCAAGGGCCAAGUUAGAACUAAGGGAGGAAACAACAGAACAAGAUGCAGAGGAAAUAGUACAAUUGAUGCAGAGCUCUGUUCUUGGUAUAGAAGAACAAAAGAUUGAUUACAUCACAACAGAACCAGUUAAGCUGUCAUCUAGGAGUGCUAUCAAGACUUUCUGGGAACUUUUAACUAAAGAUUUUAAAGAGCGGAAUAAUGAUUUGUAUUCCAAGGCUGAGCUACAAAAUCUUGGUGCCAAAGGAGGAAUAGCCGCUCGACAUAUUUUAGAUGCAAUUGAUAAAUUCAAUGAGCAAGGAUAUCUUAUCAAAAAGGGUCCAAAUUUGUAUGAAAUUAAGAUAAAUAGUUGAAUUUUUUUUUUAAUUUUCCGA